AUGGGCGAGCCCUGCGAGCACGGGGACUGCUCGCCAGCCGGCGGCGUGAAGAAAGAAGUGGACUCUGAGUCCUGGGACGUGCCGCUGGGUUUCCUGGAGGGCGUCCAGAUGGCCAACAGGAGCAACAUGUCCUUCCUGCAGUUUCUCAAAAACAUCAACCUGGAGCGAGCCGACGGGAUGCAGGGGGACAGCUCCGACGUGGUUCGGAUUGUCAUCUCCCUGGUAUACUCCGUGGUAUGUGCCUUGGGGCUAGUGGGUAACCUGCUGGUGCUCUACCUAAUGAAAAGCAAGCAAGGCUGGAGAAAGUCCUCCAUCAACCUCUUUGUGACCAGCCUGGCAGUGACUGACUUCCAGUUUGUGCUCACCUUGCCAUUCUGGGCUGUGGAGAAUGCGUUGGACUUCAACUGGCUCUUCGGCAAGGCUAUGUGUAAGAUCGUCUCUUAUGUGACAGCUAUGAAUAUGUAUGCCAGUGUCUUCUUUCUCACUGCCAUGAGUGUGGCUCGGUACCGCUCUGUGGCUUCAGCCUUGAAGAAUCAGCGUCGAGGUGACCCUCUGGGUGGCUACUGCUCUGCUAAGUGGCUUUGUGCACUCAUCUGGCUGUCAGCUAUUCUGGCUUCCCUGCCCCAUGCCAUUUUUUCCACCACUGCCACUGUCUUUGAUGAUGUCCUCUGCCUUGUCAAGUUCCCUGAGGGCCGAGGCAACAAUGCACAGUUCUGGCUGGGUCUCUACCACAUCCAGAAGGUGCUGCUGGGCUUUGUGGUGCCGCUGGCCAUCAUCAGCCUCUGCUACUUGCUCCUGGUGCGCUUCAUCAGUGACAAGCACGUCGGCAGCACCUGCAGCGGCCCCAGCAGCAAGCGCCGCUCCAAAGUGACUAAGUCAGUGUCCAUUGUGGUAUUGUCUUUCUUCUUGUGCUGGCUGCCUAACCAAGCGCUCACAACGUGGGGCAUCCUUAUCAAACUCAACGUGGUGCACUUCAGUUCUGAGUACUUCUUAUCCCAAGUGUACCUCUUCCCCAUUAGUGUGUGCCUGGCACAUUCCAAUAGCUGCCUCAACCCCAUCCUCUACUGCCUCAUGCGCAGGGAGUUUCGGAAGGCCCUGAAGAGCCUCCUCUGGAGGAUCACCUCCCCUUCCCUCACCACCAUGCGUCCUUUCACUGACACGACCAAACCUGAGCAGGAGGAGCAGGCUCUGCAUGCCUUGGUGCCUGUCCACCCUGUCACUGCUUCUUUCCCUGCUGCAGCUGUCCAGCCAGAGGUGGCCUACUACCCGCCUGGGGUGGUGAUGUACAGCAGCCGCUAUGACCUGCUGCCUGCUAGCUCCACGGAGCAGCAGCGCUACUGAAAUGGACAUAAGGCUCUGGGGGGUGAGACUGGGGUCUGUGCGAGAUGUAGCCCUGGGAUACUGAAUGCCUAGUAGGGACAAAGGGAGGAGGGAUGGGUUAAAGGAGGGCUUCUGAGUGAGAGGCUCCUUUAAGGUUGUGUCUGCUCUUGGAAGCUUGCUGAUGGAAAUUGUCUUGAAAAUGUGCCCCAGACUCGAGAAAAGGAGUAGGAGAAGAUUGGUGAUUGGGGUGUCUCUAGGAGAUUUUUUUACUGCUUGUGCUCUUCUGGGGAGGGUGAUGAGGCUCUAGCCAGGCAGGAUACAAGGUGUGCAGGGCAUGAUAGGGAGAAAAGAGACUGGAUGGGAUAGAUCAAGGUUGAUAGGCCUCAGCCAUGCCCUCCAACCUGAAGGCACAAGCAGCAAGGAACCAGCAGCCUUCUUGUCCCUGUGCACGUAGUUGAGGCAGGGAGAGGGGGCUUCUGCAUAACACUGCCAAUCCUGCUGUGGUUACUGCUCCCCACGCUCCAGUGAGGGCACAAAGAUCAGGUAGCCUGUGUCCUGUUUCAUACCUAUCCUCACAAGAACAGCCAGAAGAGGUAGGUACAAAGCUCCCACUUGUUCAGAUCCCUUUCUCCCUUGUCCCCUUUCCCUUUUCUUAGGGACCCAGGAAAGAAAAGGGAAAAGGAACACAGUUCUCCCCCACAGAUCUGUGUAGGAUCUGCUUUUCCAAUUCCUUCUAUCCCCUCUGCUGCUGCCAGGAUACAGAGUAACCCAGACAGCCAAGGAGAAACCCAAGGACAGUACUUGUGGCUUCGUGGAGAGGUGCUGCUUUGCCUAGAUUUGAGAGGGAUGGUAUGAGCUCCCUGAUGUUGUGUUCCCCAGCUUCUCUCGAGGCUUCUGGAACAGACAGGGGAGCCACAGCCCCAGACCAUGUGUCACAAGACAGGCUUCUCUCCCAGGGCACUGAAGCUGCAGGCUUUAUUCCUGCUGUGCUUCAGACUGUAUUUCACUCCAGGAAAACAGCACAACUGUAAAUUAAAAAAGGGGGGGAAAAACCCAAGUCAUAGCUACUUCACACAGCUUGCUUUGGAAUACUACUGGGUUUAGCUAAAACCAAACACAAAGGCUUUUGUUCUGCCAGAGUGUUUGUUAAGGGUAUAUACUGAUACUUGCCAGUGUUUAAAUUAACUCCAAUUCCUCUGGUGUGAGCAGCCCUAGAGUUUAGUGCUCUCACAUCCUGGAGAAAGGCAGGCAGAAUGCCUGUUCCAGACUGUGGUCCAGAGAAGCAUAUGGGAAAUAAUUUGGUGUUGAUCUGAAAUGAACUUUUAAGAGCAUGAGAGGGGAAAAAAAUGCAAUUUUAAACUGUGAAACUUUUUAUUAUAAGGUUACAUAUUUACUCUUUUAAAUAUUUUCCUUUAACUAUUUGAAAUGGAAAUGACCAAACACUUAUUUUGAAAGAUGAAAAAAAUGCAGCAGUUAUUUGUUUUGUUGUCAAAACACAAGUUUGUUAGUCUCCAAUACUGCAUAUGGGGUGAAUAUAUAAAUGCAAUAUUCAAACUACUUAUCCUUUUUCAGCCCCUUCCCCUGCAGCCUAAGUCCAACACCUGCUUGACUGCUAAAAAAGCAUUUGUGCAGAGGCUUGUUUGUCACUGCUGGGUACUGAUGUGGCAAAAACUUGCUGUUUCUAUCUAGAGAAAAAUUGCAGUGUCGUUAAUUGCUUUGCAAUUUAGGUUUACUGUACAUGUCAGUAACUCCUGUUGUAAAAUUCAGAUUUGGUCUGGAAGCAGCCGGUUCUGCCACUUGCAAGGAGAAGCUGUAGUUCUGUUUUGGGCUUUUGUUUUCCAAAGCAGAAGAAGCCAUGGGUGCUUGUGAAAUGGAAAAGAUACCGGUGAACAGCAGAAGUGAGCUAGCAGCUGAUGGACAUGCUUAUACAAAUGCUAAGACUCUAAAGAAAUCAGGCAUAUCCACAGAAGAACUUGUAUUAAAGUACUGUACAACUGCCCUUCUAAGUUCCUAAAUCCUGACUUGGCUGCCAGUUGAAGUCUAUAGGUACUUACAUUUUUUUCUAGUACAAUUUUAUGUGCCUAGAGUCUGCUUCUGAGCAUGCCGAAAUCUGCUUAAUUCUGUAGCGUUUAUCACUGUGCUAUAUGGGGAUCUCUCAGUCAGGACUGGCUGCAGUGUGCAUCCUACACAAGGGAGGCAGAUCUGCAUCCCAACACACUGUGCCAGGAGGGACUGGAUUGUAAACUUAAUUCACUCCGCCCAUCCCUUUAUAUCUGUGCCUAGAUAUGCUUCUGUCCCAGUUUCAGUGCAUGUGCAGAUCGUAGUCCUUCCUUUCCCUUUAAAGACACUAAAUAAGUGGGCAGAGAUUUUGCCCACAGCCUAGGAAUCUCAGCUUCCCUUCAUCCACAUACCUGGGGAAUGUCUAAAUUGCUAGGCUACUCCAUGAAUGUGCUCAAUCCUCUGGCUGUUCUUUAUUGCAUGAGUUGCUCACCACUGAUGGCUUGUGAAGAGAAAGCAAGCCUUUGAACACUACUUUGCAGCAUCGUGGACAGGCUGUGAGCCCCAAAGAGGUGGUGUCAAGAUUCAAGAUGUCAAGAAGGAAAAAACUGCUCCAGGUCUGGAUUCUAGAUCUGCCUGAGGAAAAAAAUACUAACUUGCUCUGAGUUCCUGGUUCAACUGAAGUUUCAGUAUGCCUUGAAAGAGCCUGAGAGCUUUCUAGACCUGUAAAUCUAGCAGCCUAAUUUGUCAAAGGAUUUGCAAAAAAAAAAAAAAACCCCAGCAUUUGGGACUCAUUUUCUGAGAGAAAGCUCUAAUGCCUCUGCUAGCAGAUGAAGAAAGCUCCACCGUUUUGUGAAGGUAGCCAUGAACACUUAACUCCCGAGCUCAGAGACAUCUAACUGUGUCUCUAUAGGCCAGGAGAAAUUACCUCAAGUAAGAAAAGGGGAUGAAUCUCAAAGCCAGAAUCUGCUCUUAGUGCUUGAUUUUAAACAGCAUUGGUUUCUUGCUUGGCUUCCUGAAACUUUAAUCCCUGUGCUGAUGCUUAAAUGUUCUUGUGCAUUACAUGAAAAGCUGUCCAGGUGUCUAAAGCAUAAAUACAAAAUUUGCCAAACAGCAAACUCCCUACAAGACAUCCUCUGCCAUGCUGAGCAUGCAAAAAACACUUUUGUAGAUAUCAGUGUAGAGACAAUUUUACGCCAGCAAAACAAUACAGUAGAAUAGGUGAUAGAACAAACCAUAGUGAGCCCAGAAUAUCAGCAAGAUGCCACGCUCAGAGGAAGCCCCGGGUAUCUGAUUACUAAUGACACACCUUGCACUGGCAAAUCACCACAACUGGCCAAACACCAGAAUGGCAGCUCAGGGGUGCAGGUGAGGGUCUCCCCAGCACGGCCAAGGAGCUGUGUGUGAAUAGAGAGAAAUGUUGUUUCGGAUGUGCUACCCAGUGCUCUGAGCGUGCACACAGCAGCAAGUGUGUGGCCCCAGCAGAGAGCUGUUUCAGCUCCGUCCUGGACGCGACUUGUUAACACCAAAUCUUCCGGGUAGCUGUGGGUUUCCUAAGCAAUCAGUUCAGUGCUUUUUGAGAACACACAUGUUUCCUCCAAAUGUUCAUGUCUUGAUUUGUAAUUAUCGCCUUUACAUUGGACUCAAAUAAACACCGCUGAAGGAUACAAAACAGUA